AAAUUUUCUAAUACCGACUCGGAGGAAUUAUCUACCGGAGAUACAUCCAGCGCUAGUUCUCAUUCUAGAGAGACCGAAGAGCCAAUAACUAUGGCUCUCGAAACAAGAACUUUGAGGGAGCUCACAGCUCCAAACUUGAAUCAACAACUGUUAUGUAUUACCUUCCCUACACUCGAUGAGGGUAAUACAUUUGAGCUAAAAUCUGGGCUCAUACAUCUACUUCCAUCCUUUCAUGGCCUAAGAGGAGAAGAUCCGAACAAACACUUUUCGGAGUUCCAUAUUGUGUGCACAAGCAUUUUCCCCAGUCGUGUCUCGGAAGAACAAAUCAAAUUGAGGGCUUUUCCAUUCUCCCUCAAAGACACUGCAAAGGAUUGGCUAUUCUAUCUUCCUUCGGGAAGUAUAGACACAUGGGCGGCAAUGAAAAAAUGCUUUUUGGGUAGGUACUAUCCCGCCUCCAUCUCAUCUUCUUUAAAAAAACAAAUAAGCAACAUUGAGCAAAAAGAAGAUGAAACAUUGUAUGAAUAUUGGGAGCGUUUCAAAAAGUUGUGUGUUAGUUGCCCAUAUCAUGGGUACACCGAGCAAGACCUCAUCCUCUAUUUUUAUGAUGGUCCUGCAGAUCAAGAUAGGCGCAUGGUGAAUGCGGCAUGUGGAAGGGGAAUUGUUAACAAAACCCCUUCUCAAGCAAGGAAUCUCAUCUCGGAGUUGGCCGAGAACUCCAGACAUUACAGUGGGCGAUCCUCAACUCGAAGGGUUGCCGCAGCAGAAUCCAACACCUCGUUGGAAAACCAAGUUGCCGGUUUGACCUCUCUAGUCAAAGAACUUCUUCUAAAGCCAAAGACUCAGGAAGUCAAAACUUGUAGCAUUUGCACAACAACCGGGCACCCCACUGAUUCGUGCUCAUCCCUCCAAGAAGAACAAGUCAACGUCUUGGGUUUCAAAGGCCAUCAACAGAAGAGGUAUGAUCCAUUCUCAAAUUCUUACAACUCUGGAUUGCGGGAUCAUCCUAACUUGAGGUAUGUAAACCCUCAACGAUCCAAUUCAUCUUCUCAAUCUAGUAUGUCAACUGAUGACAUGAUCCGGAC